AUGAUCCUACAGAAGCCCUUAAAAGUAACACCUCGGUAAUGACACCCUCGGGGUGGUCUAUGAAGAGCACAACGUGUAUCUCGGCCAUCUCGGCCACUACUGCUGAACCAUGGCGCGAGAUGAUGGAUCUCAUGUAAACAAUGACCGUCCGAGUAUUGUACCUGCAGGAGGCACACGUGAGCCCAUUUAUGCAUAUGUCUCCGAAGUAUCAUACGCCUGUAGUCAUGCGAGUACGAUUUUCGAAGGUGCCGCCGUGUUCCGGCGACGAAGUAUUAUUUGCGCUGUUUCGACUUCAGAUGUUUUAAUGCCAGAGUUUUCGCUAAGAACAUCCAUGCUUGACAGACUACUCGCCUUUGGAAGUGAAGCUACGCUGUCAUACGUCCUAUGUAUGUACCUCUCUCAGCUCUAUCUUAUAUAUAGUACUUUCCUUGGAUCUUAGUAGCAUAACAAGCUGGCAGACUCCCUUGCGCAUAAA